UCAAAUUGACAAGAACUUCAAUUUGAAACUCCCGAUUUGAAAUCAUUGUUUUGUUUUGAUAAAUUACCUAUAUUCCUUGUUUAUACAACUGCGCUUUAUUAUUACAAAUGCAGUAAUAAUGAUAACAAUGCAUUGUUUCCGCCUGUGUUUCACAUCUCUGUACUAGUUUGCUCAUUCUUUGUUGUAAAGCUAAAUUGAGAAUAUGUGUUUAUCGUUGUGUAUUUUACUUAUUUGCCUGGUGUUAGGAUGUGAAUCCAAGUAUGGAUGCGUGACUUGGGGAGAAAAUAAGAUGCAGAUAUUUGUAAGUGAUUAUUUAGCGUCGAUUCCGGAGGUGAAUAUCGUUCGGGCCACUUACCGCAACGACAUCAAUAGUACCGGCUGGGCGUACUUGGAGAUCCACACGUCAGACCAGUUCAGUGAUGUGAAGCAGGCAUAUGCAGCGGGGUACUUGGAGGGCUUUCUCACCCGUGACCUGAUCUGGAUGCAUUGGCAGAACAUGCUUAAAGGAUAUUGCUAUAACAAGACUGAUGUGUGUGGAAUGAUUGAAGACUUUUUGGACAAAAAUGAAGAUUACAUAUCUUCUAUGAUCUUGAAGUAUCCAGAUGACCCGUACUGGUAUCAGAUGAUGUUAUUUUUCAUCCAGCUGGAAGGGCUUGCAGUCGGAUACAAGGAGGCUACUAAAGAACCAUAUGAACAGCUCACCGUUAGAGAUAUGUUGUGGAUCAACAUGCUGGGCGAUCUGGACGAGCUGGCGUUUGCAUUGUCCAUGCCGGUGACGUCGGAUUCCAUGCUGUUCCCGGAGCACUGCACCGGCCUCGUCAAGCUGCUGGCGGACCGCAGCGAGCUGUACACGUCGCAGGUCACGUGGAACAGCUACCAGUCAAUGCUGCGCUUCCAGAAGAUGUACGUGCUCCAGUACAAGAUGACCCCGAACAGCAACAAGCGCAUCCCCGGAUACAAGAUGUCCAUGUCUUCGUAUCCGGGCUUCUUGCAGUCCCUGGACGAUUUUUACGUGAUAUCGUCCGGUCUGGUGACCGCGGAGACCACCAUCGGGAACUCCAACCGUACCCUCUUCGAGCUCGUCAAGCCCGUAGGACAGAUAUUAGAGUACGCUCGCGCGAUGAUCGCGAACAGACUGGCGCACAACGGGCGCGAGUGGGUCGAGUUAUUUAGGAAACACAACAGCGGAACGUACAACAAUCAGUGGUUCAUAGUGGACUACAACAGGUUCCAGCGCAGCGCGGCCGGCAAGCCCGGGCGCGUGCGCAGCGGCCUGCUGUGGCUGCUGGAGCAGCUGCCCGGGCACACGCACGCGGCUGAUCUAACGGGCGAACUGGUCCGCACGUCGUACUGGCCGUCGUACAAUAUCCCGUAUUUCCCGCGCAUUUUCAACUUGAGCGGCGGCAACGAGCGGGUGAGGGUGUUCGGCGACUGGUUCGGAUACGACACCAACCCCAGGGCCAGGAUCCUCAAGCAGAAACAGGCGGAUAUCUGGAACUUAGCGGACAUGUACCACACGAUGCGCUACAACGACUUCAAGCACGACCCCAACGCUCGCUGUGCGCAGUGCCAGCCGCCCUACAGCGCCUGCAACGCCAUCGCCGCCAGGAACGACCUCAACCCCGCCAACGGCUCGUACCCGUUCCGGGCGCUGGGGCACCGCAGCCACGGCGGCACGGACCUGAAGAUCACGAGCGCGGCGCUGCGUCACACCUUCCAGUUCGUGGCCGUCUCCAGCCCCACUUUCAACGUAUCCAGGGGGAUACCGCCAUUCCAAUGGAGCAAAUUCGACCUGGGCUCUCAGGUGUCCCACGUCGGGCACCCGGACCUGUGGGUGUUCCCCCCGGUGCUCCACAGCUGGGAGUGGAGCUAACUGAACCUGGACGUGGAACUAACGGACCAAGGAUGAUCAAUUGCACACUGUCUCCGCUCCAACCUAUGGCAGUAUGGCAAUAAGUUCUAUGGAGUCAGUAUUUCAACAUGUUGAUAGUUUAUACUUAAAGGCUUAACUUUUUAUUCACUGCAUAAAUUUUUACACUUUCCCUGUAAAAAAAAAGAAUAUAAAAUGACUUUCUAUUUUUAAGUACGAUCAGCUGAUCAAUCAAAUUGUAGCAUUUUUUGAAAUAGCUUAAUUUGGAAACCAAACCAGAUCAUCAUAAAAUUUGUGCAGUGAAUUUAAAAAAAGACCCUUAACUAGGAUACUUCUAACCGACAUGCCAGUCUGCGAAAAUGUGCCUGGCGUGUAAUAAAGUCACACGCUAGGCGGGAUUUUUCUAACAUUGGAACAAAAAUGUUACAUUAGGAGGUAUAUAAUUGCGGCGAGGGAAAGCGUCCUGGAGUGUGCAACAAAUACACAGGAGAGUAUAAAACUGAAUUUAUGACUGCUUUUAUCAAAAUAUUGAGAACAGCAUCACGUUUUUAUAAGCCAUUUCAUUGCUUUUCUCUCUAAUCUCACUUUUUCCCAGUUUCUUCCUCAACCGUUAAGAAUCGGAGCCCAGGGACCACUGCCUGAGGAUUCACCUCUCAUUUGUUGCAUCUCCUAACGUGACUUUAACGUCCUUUAUAAUAAGUGUCAAUAUCUCAGUGACAUAUUGUUUUAUAUUGUAAGGAUUAUUUGUACAAAUAAUGAAAAAGAUAGAACAUUGUAAUAAUAAUAUAAUCGAUUGAUAGGUAACCAAUUACAGAGAUUAUAGACCAAGUUUUUACAUAGUUUCUCAUAAAUAAAUCAUGUUAAUAGA